GCGAAGGUUCAAGGGGCGGCUCCGGGGGUGGCUCCCCGGCCGCCGCCCGCCGCUCCCCGCCCCGCGCCCCCGGGCGCCCCGCGGCCUGGAGCCGGGGCGGGGCCUGCGCGUCCGCGCGGCUAGAAAAGGCGGCGGCCGGCCCCCGGGUGACAGCCGCGCUCGCGCUCGCCCUCGGAGCCCAGCCGACGCCGCCAUGAGCGCCGCCCUCUUCAGCCUGGACGGCCCGGCGCGCGGCGCGCCCUGGCCCGCGGAGCCGGCGCCCUUCUACGAGCCGGGCCGGACCUGCAAGCCCGCCCGCGCCAGCGAGCCCGGCGCCGCGGCCCCCGCCAUGUACGACGACGAGAGCGCCAUCGACUUCAGCGCCUACAUCGACUCCAUGGCCGCCGUGCCCACCCUGGAGCUGUGCCACGACGAGCUCUUCGCCGACCUCUUCAACAGCAACCACAAGGCGGGCGCGGCGGGCGCCCCGGAGCCGCCGCCCGGCCACCCCGCGCGCCCCGCCGGCCCGGGCCCCGCCGCCCCGCGGCCGCUCAAGCGCGAGCCCGACUGGGGCGACGGCGACGCGGGCUCGCUGCUGCCCGCGCAGGUGGCCGUCUGCGCGCAGACCGUGGUGAGCCUGGCGGCCGCCGCGCAGCCCACGCCCCCCACGUCGCCCGAGCCGCCGCGGGGCAGCCCGGGGCCCAGUCCCGCGCCCGGCCCGGCCCGGGAGAAGGGCGCCGGCAAGCGGGGCCCGGACCGCGGCAGCCCCGAGUACCGGCAGCGGCGCGAGCGCAACAACAUCGCGGUGCGCAAGAGCCGCGACAAGGCCAAGCGGCGCAACCAGGAGAUGCAGCAGAAGCUGGUGGAGCUGUCGGCCGAGAACGAGAAGCUGCACCAGCGCGUGGAGCAGCUCACGCGGGACCUGGCCGGCCUCCGGCAGUUCUUCAAGCAGCUGCCCGGCUCGUCCUUCCUGCCGGCCGGGGCCGCCGACGGCCGGUGACGCGUGGCCGGCGGGGGCGCGGGGAGACGCCGGGACACCUCAGACCCGCCGCGCGGAGCCCAGCGCGCCCUGCCCGCCGCAGCCGGCGCCGCCGUUUCGGGGACGCGAGGGGAAGGGAGCCGCGGCCUGGACUUGCCACCACUGACCCUGGAGAGAAGCUGUACUUGUUUAUUUUCCCUUAAGUUAUUUUUAUAUGGUAGCUUUUUCUACAUCUUUCUCCUGUUGAUGCAGCUAAGGUACUUUUUUAAGAAAACAAAAAGACUUUAAAGACAGUCCUUUGCGUUGUAGCUAAGAGGAAAAGACUGAGCACGCUCACUUUUUUAUAUUAAUUUUUACAGUAUGGUAAGAAUAAAGAAGUAUUUGAAACCGC